AGAGAGAGAGAGAGAGAGAGAGAGGUAGUGCAGUCACCCACAGUGAGCCAGGCAGGAGUGAGGCGUCAGAGCGGAGGUGACAGCGGAGAAUGGAGAGGAGCCCGUCCGCCCGCCGAGCUUUGACCGCGGCGAGCGAGGAGAACCCACUCGGCCCAUUCCUUCUGGAGCCAGCGUGCUGAAAGAAACCGGGAGGAAUUAACUGGGAAUGGCUGAUCCUCUGCGGAGGACUUUAUUAGCGAAACUCCGGGGGAAGAAAUCCAAGAAAGCAGCGACGGUCUGCGGUGGAUACGGCUCUGCGUCUGCGGCUAACGGGGGCCGAGAAGGUAAAGAAAAAGUUUUGCAAACGCAGCGAGACUCGGACGAGGCUUGCCCGGUAGUCAUGCUCACAGGUCUGGAUUGCACGACAGAGAGAAUGAGUACGUACGAGAAUUGUGUUGACGGGGCCAUGGUGCAAACAGGGGGGGUCGUAGUCCGGGAGAGUCGCUCAGCAGAGCGUCCCCUGGAGCGGAGCAGCGGGGGCAGGGUUCCGGUUAACAAGGAGCUCCUGGGGGUCUCACUUCAAAGAGAAGUGCAGUUUGGGGGACAUGUGUUCAAGGAAGGAGAUAGGAUUCACCAGGGGCCCAAAUCCACUGCCCAAAUCACGUUAUCUGCAGGGGUUUCGCUUGGUGGACCGCAUGUCCAGAGAAAACACUUCGUCUCGGUGCCGCGGCAGUGCAGCGUCGGGGACUCAAUAGGGUUCGGGGACAAUUCAAAUCACGAUGUGUACCGAGCACGGGUAGAGUCACAUACCGGAGUCAGUAAACCAGCAGAGGGCCGGGUUACUACUGCUGAUAGCAAUGGGACGGAACCUAGAGACGGAGGACACUCCCAGCACAUGGCAGGGACAGUAGCGGCUGUUAAUGAACACAUUGCCACCUGGGGGAUUGACAACCAAACUUUGGAGACAAAUUCGCCAGUUUGCGCGGCCCCAAGCUGGUUGUCAAUAAACAUGGAAGAAAACAUUGUAAUCAAAAAUCUAGAAAGUUAUGGGCCUGAGUAUGCAGGGGACAUUAGAGGGACAGCAGGCGGUCUGCAGAGCCCGACGUUUUUCCCCACAGAGUUAGAAAUAUGCGACGUUAACAUGGCAUCCCUGUGCGCUACAGAGGAGUCACUUAGAUACACUUUAGAUAGUGAAGAUGAGGAUUAUUAUGAUAAUCAAAUUCUGCCUUUUUAUGAAACUAUCACAGCAAAAAGUGAUAUUGAUAGAGCAGAGGUUGCAGAGCUGCCACGGCCUGGUCAAGAUAAAAGACAGGCUGAUGAUGGGAACAGUGCCCAGGAAACAGACAGGCUUAGGAACCAGCUCAAAGAAGCUUAUUAUCUUCUUAUCAAUGCCAUGAAUGAUAUCAAUCUGGAUGUCCAACAGUUCAGUGGUGGUUUAACUGAGCUGCAGGCCCCCUCCUCCUGUAGUAGCCACUCCAGGGACAGCUUGUGCUCGAGGUUGUCUGCCAAGAACAUCGACAGUGACUCUUGGUCCUCAGGAGGGGACCACAGCCCUCAGCAGGUGUCUGACACUGACUCACUCCUGCUUUGCCUCAGUGGGAACCCUGAGUCAGGCUUCAAGGGCAGGCUGAAUAGUAAGAGUAUGGUAAACCUGUCCUUGACCAAGAUAAGAUCCACAUUACAGCGCUCUGCUAGUGACGGAGCUAUCAGGUAUCCAGAUGGACACUCCCUCUGUAUCCAGGCCCCUGGAACGCAGAGUCCAGACGUCAGUGGGGAUAAAGGGCCCACAGAUAGAGGGGUUAAAGCCACAGGAGUGGAUGAGCUGUCAGAACCUCAGGUGCUUUACAGUGCUGUAAGCAGUAAUGAGCUGCUACAAGAUGCCGGCGGUGAUGAAGACCGUGGCGGGCGGCUCAAUGACAGCAGCGGCUCAGUCAACAGCCUCACGGGUUCUUCAGACAGCAACGCGGAUGCAUCAACAAAUCAGGGUCGCGACAACAAGCAGGAGCUGACUCAUGUCCGAGCACAGAGGGACAAAUCUGUCAACAAGGGGCACGGUGUCACUGUCAACAAGAUGCAAGAGUGGAUGCACAAGGGGCGUUUGCUGUCCUCCGAGAUGAAGCAACGCAUUGAGGGCUCGUCUUUGCCGCGUGGCGCACGCAAAAGCCAGGACCGGUCCUGUCCUCAGGGUAUCAACGGUGUGUGUAAACCAGGGGUCCAGACGUCCAGCCGAGGGGUUAAAUCUGUCACGGCCAAGUCACCACGGCAGCAACUGCAGCAGCAGCCAGCUUUUAUUGAGAAUGUCCAAACCCCCUGUGCUAUUGGCCGGGAGGUGGGCAGGGCCAGUGAGUCGUUGUCAUGGCAGCCACCGCUCACCACCAUCACUGUCUCUAAGAAGCGUAACUGGCUGCAGCAAAGCUCCAUCGGGAAGAAUAAUCACAGCACCAAGGAUGAGCUGCAGGGAAUGCUGGCAGCUGAGGAGGAGGGCUCCCACCAGUCCCCACCUCCUCCCAGUCCCUCUCCAGACCACCUGAGACCGUCUGGGGGAGUUCCGUCACGGCCGGCCCGCCUGCACCUGCCUCAGGUUAAUGCCAGUCAGGCCAAGGUGUCUCCUCACCCUCGUAGUGUGGACCCAGCUGAGGAGAAUGAUGCAGAUGAUGAAGGAGAGAUCUGGUACAACCCGAUCCCUGAGGACGAUGAACUGGAGAUGUCUCACCGACCCUCCGUUCGGCUCCUGGUUCCCCCUCGAGCAGAGUCCCAGAGGAGGCCCAGCAGGGGAGGGGAUGCGAGUCACGGUGGCAGGGACCUGGGGGUUGUCGGCGUUGGGUCGGAGGCGCUCGGGGAAAGCCUCAGUGGCGGUUUAGGAGAUGGGAGUCAGGGGAAUGCUGUACAUUCCACAGAGGCACUAAAUCUGCACAGACAGAUGCUCGCGUGCAAACCUCAGGAGGAGGGGGGGCCUUCCACCAGCAGAGCCACAGAUGGUCCUGACCUGCCCAAUGCUGUCAGCUCCCCUCCUUCCAGCCCAAACCCAGCCAAGAAGAGCAGCUCCCUCAACUGGUCCUUCCCAGACAAGAUUAAGUCCCCGCGCACCGUAAGGAAGAUCUCCAUGAAGAUGAAGAAGCUUCCAGAACUCAGCCGGAAACUCAGUGUCAAGGGGACCCCGAGUAGCAGUAACAGCAACAACGGCAACGGAAGCAGUCACUUAGAGCCCAGAGCCCAUUCUCCCCGAAACAACAUGAGCAGGUUGGAGUCUGUCCCCCAUUCCUCCGGCCCUCCCAGAUUAGCUGCAUCUGGGGGAGGGCAGGCUAGCCGUAACGUGAUCUCACGCUACCACCUGGACAGCAGUGUGUCCACACAGCUCAGCUUCAGUAAGAAGAAAAGCAACGGCAGCUCAAAGUCUGCCAGUAAAGGUGGCUACCUCAGUGAUGGUGACUCACCUGAGCUGGUGGCCAAAUCUGGGAAGCAUGGCUCUUCAGAGGGGAAGGGAGGGAAAGGCAAGGAGGCAGAGAGUGGUGGCGGAAACUCUAAACUCAAUGGCACAGACUUAGACAUUGAUGCUUUCCGCCAUUACAGCUUCACAGAGCAGCCCAAGUGCAGCCAGUUUAUCUCGGGACUGAUGAGCCUACACUUUUAUGGUGCUGAGGACCUCAAACCUCCACGCAUUGACUCUCGAGAUGUCUAUUGCGCCAUUCAAGUGGACUCAGUUAAUAAAGCACGAACUGCUCUCCUCCAAUGUCGAACUACCUUCCUAGAUAUGGACCACACCUUCAACAUUGAGCUGGAGAACGCCCAGCACCUAAAACUGGUGGUGUUCAGUUGGGAGCCCAUGCCGAGACGCAACCGCGUCUGCUGCCACGGCACGGUGGUACUGCCUGCACUCUUCCGGGUGACGCGUUGCCACCAGCUGGCGGUGAAGCUGGAGCCGCGAGGCCUGAUCUACGUCAAGCUCAGCCUGAUGGAGCAGUGGCAGAACUCCCUCGAUGGUGGGCCAGACCGAGACAGGGAGCCCCAGGUGUUUGGUGUGGAGGCGUGGCGGGUGGUGGAGAGAGAGAACACGGGACUGCUGGUGCCGCUGCUUAUAAGCAAGUGCAUCAAUGAGAUUGAAAAGAGAGGCUGCCAGGUGGUGGGUCUCUACCGUCUGUGUGGCUCUGCAGCUGUGAAGAAGGAGCUACGCGAGGCGUUUGAGAGAGACAGCUACGCCGUGGAGCUGUCUGAAAACGUGUAUCCUGACGUUAAUGUCAUCACAGGUGUACUGAAGGACUACCUACGGGAGCUACCCUACCCUCUGAUCACCAAGAACCUGUAUGAGGCAGUGUUGGAGGCCAUGGCCACAAGGCCUUUGCGGAUAGGAGCAGCGGGCUGCGAGAACGACCAGGCUGACUCGGAGCACACCGUCAGCUUGCUGGACAACCUGCCAGAUGUGGAAAGGGUGACACUGCAGAAGCUUCUUGACCACCUGAAGUUGGUAGCGUCCUGCCAGGAAGUGAACAAGAUGACAUGUCAGAACCUUGCGGUGUGUUUUGGCCCGGUGCUGCUCAGCCAGCGUCAGGAGGCAUCCUGCCACACAAACCGAGUCUUCAUUGACUCUGAGGAGCUGGCCAGCGCGCUGCACUUCAAAAAACACAUCGAAGUCCUGCACUACCUGCUGCAGCUCUGGCCUGUUGUGGACCCACAUGGCCGGUCCUCCUCCCAGCCCCCUGCAGCUUCUUUGGCUCCGGCCUCAUCUGACCUGCUGACAGCUCCUCCCAUACGGCGGAGAAAAGAGCGCCCCCAGGUCCUGAACCUCUCUGAAGCGGAGAUGGCGGGCGUUCUGCGGCCCAGACCGGGACGCUUGGACAGCCCCAGCAACCGCUAUGCCGGUGACUGGAGCGGCUGCGGAGAGAGCUACUUCCCUUGUGAUAUUCUGCUGCCUCCUAGCAAAGAGGAGGCGGACUAUGACGACGUGCCCUCCGAGGAUUCAGAGGCAGCUGAGGAGGCCCAGGAGAAUCCUGAGGAUGCUGAGGAAGAUAAGGGACAGAUGGUUCCGAGCCCCGUGUCUGAUCCUGCUGAGCAGGAGCAACCUCGGAAAGAGGAGGCGGUGAAGGAGGAGGAAAGAGAAGAAGAGGAGGAGGAGCAGGAGGAGGAGGAGCAAGUAGAGAGUGAUGGUUCGGGCAAUGGGCAGAACAUAGAGGACAAGGAGGAGGAGAGGGUGUGCGACCACAUCCUUCCCCCUCGUCUGCCCAAAGAGCACACCUACCAGGCUUACAUGAAGAUCCAGGAUAUCAGCCCCGUGCUAAGCAACAGGGUCAACCUGAGAGACCUGCAGGAGAGCAUCGACACUCUGAUAGGAAACCUGGAGCGAGAGCUCAACAAGAACAAGGUCAAUGUUGGAUACUGACUCCUACUACAGUUACACACACACACAUAUUUCCACUCACACUCAUAUGGACUGAUGGGGUUUGGAGAAGACCUUCUUUACCGAUUAAGGUGCUUCAGGAUACAUCCACAGUGUUCCCAUGGAGAUCCUGUGAUGCAAGCGCGGUGCUGCUGUAAAAACCUAAAGGAUGAGAAGAUGUGUAACAGGGCACUCUGUACCCUACCCAUAGACAUUCCUUUCAUUUUAUUGGCUGUCUUACUUUAUGUUGUUGGUCUGUUUUAGUCUGGUUCUGUGUUCCAUGUUGUUAUUGUUGCUUCUCUUCUUAUUAGAAGAACCCAUUGACCCCUCAGGGGUUUAAAAGGUGCCUUAAUUGUGUGAAGGUGGUACGUCAAGAGGAAAAUCCACCCUGAAAUAAAAUGCAUUCCCUCAUGUGAUUUUAAUAGUGUUGACAACCAAUAGGAUAACCUCUAUGAUGUUACGAAGAUUUGAUUCUACAUUGAAAACGGCUGAAGUAUAUAUAAUGUUUUGGAGCAGGUCCUAAUCCACCCUGCAUACCAUGGGGCUCUAUUUAUACUAACUUUUCAGUGGUAAUGCUGAUGUUAACAUUUGUGGAGCAAAGUUACUGAUAGACACUUUUUUACAUUGGCCAUUCCAUACCAAAAUAUAACAGUGCCUCCCCCAUAAGUAUUUUAUUGGAAAGGUGAUGAAACAUUUGGACAUUGGACACUUUAAAAUCUAUGCGGUGGUUGGAAAAAAUAAGAACUGUAGUGGGCCUUUUACAACUGUUUCUAACAAAAAUAUGUAAUUUGGUCAUUACAAUAAUUUAAAAGAAAAAACAACAUGUUGGUUCUACAGUCAAGGCCGUCUAUCAUUUUUGGCAUUGGAAAAAAUUAAAUCCAGUAUUUUUAUUGAACCAGAACAUUAAUCUCUAAUGCUGAAUGGAAAACCUCAGAGUAUCUAGCUUCUACCAUCUUUUUCUGAGCAUGUAAACAAUGAUUAGUAACACAAACCAUGAUCACGUGAGGAAUGGAUGGACAUUCUGUUUGAGGAUUGAUUUCUUUUUUAAGGCAGCAGAGAGCUUUUGUUUUGAGGUAUGAAACACUAAAUAUUGUACAACAACAAUGCACUUAUGAGGCAGGCAGUAGUGUAGAUUGUCAUUUUACGUCAUGCAGUAAAUAAUAGGGACUGUGGACUGAGUUGAGGGUGAAAUAGCCACCACUGAAACUUCUUAAAGAUAAAUAAGAAUAUGGCUUAAAAUGUAUUUGCGUUAUGCUUUGAUUGACAUGUUUAGACGCCCAUGUACAGGCAUACCCACACCUGUCAGAAUUAGAUACAAGAAAAGGUUUAUAACUUAACAAUAAUAAUACUAAUAAUAAUCUGAUCUCUGUUAACAGAAAGGUGUACAGUAGAGAUGUAUUUAAUCAUAAGCAGGAAACUAA